AUGGCUACACAGAAUGCUUGCAACACGAUCCCACCAGUAACAAAGGUCAAAUAUAAAACGAAAGGAACCUGGGACAGGUUUGCUGAACUGCCUGUGUAUGUUUCAGGUGCAUCCAACCCCAAAAUUGUACUUAUGAUCAUCUAUGAUGUAUUUGGUGCUGCGCCUCAAACUCUACAGGGUACCGAUUUAUUAGCAGCUGCUCUUGCACCUCUCGAUACCGUCGUUAUUGUUCCAGAUCUCUUCAAUGGAAAAGCAGCCCAAGCAGAGUGGUAUAACCCCGAUGCAAGUGAGGAAGCCAAAGCUGCUAAAGCUGUAUUUGUGGAAAGUGCAUAUACCUUUGAGACAUGGGAAAAUCUUGCAGAGUCAAUUGUCAUCCAUGGAUUAUGUUGGGGUGGUAAAGUCGUCGCAGCUACUUCUGGCAAACGGACUCCAUGGACAGUAUCUGGCCAAGUGCAUCCAGGUCGUUUGACGAAGGAAGAUGCGGAAAAGAUCACGAUUCCACAUAUCGUACUUGCCUCAAAUGGAGAGGAUGCUAAAGUUGUACAAGAGUACAAAGAUAUUCUCGAGGCAGGACAUGGUGUCGUCGAGACUUAUCCUACCAUGCAUCACGGAUGGAUGGGAACAAGGGUAACUUCGACGACGAAGAUAACUUCAAGGAAUAUAUCAGAGGGUAUGGAGUCUUCCUCUGCAUCUAGUACUGUCUACAAAAGAUAUCCAGUGAUAAAAUCUUGCGACCUACAGGUACCAGCAAUGCGCGGCGUUCUUUAUGGAACACUUGAGGAAGUAGAGUCUGUGCUGCGGCUGUUACCAGCAAGUCUAUAG